UUGAAACCGUCAAAUUAGAAUUUAAAAUGAAAUUCUGUGUUUUCGUUCUUCUGAUUGCCGGAUUAUGUGUUGCUGACGAAUUGCGUUCCAAUAAAUCUUCUAAACAACUUUGUGAGGAGGCUGUUAGAAAGUUUUUUCGUCGUGUGCUUGAGAACUGGAAAAAUAUAAUUGAAAGUGGUCCUGGUUAUGGAAAUAAAGAAAUUCAAGCUUAUCUCAAUGAUCUCUGCUCCAAGAAAGAUUCAAUGAAGACCGCUGAUCGCCUAGUUCAACUAUUUCUCAAUAAUAACAAAGAUAACAAAGCUCAAGUUUUUGUAAACACUAUUCUUGCUAGUUUAAUUCGUCUAUUGGCUGAUAGUGUGAUUGAAAAAGCCGAUGCCCGCUGGUUGAAGACAAGUUCAAGGAAUAUUUUUGAGAAUUCUCCUAUUUUCAUAAUAGAUGGUUCUACGAUCAAAAUAAGACCCUCCGAUCGUAAUCAAAAAAAUAAGGACGGACGUUUCAAUUAUGUUACACUUCCGAUAGAUCCACUUAAAAAAUUUCUUAGUGGUGGUCUUGCGUCAUUUUGUGCGUUUUAUAAUACUCCUGCACUUCAAAAUUUUGGAAACGCAUCUGAUAGUCAAUUUAAUACUCUUUUGGGUGAUUUGUUCAAUGGAAUGGGUUCAUUUAUAUGUGAUAUAUUGGGAACAGGCUCCGUUGCUCAACUACCCGGCUCAGGUACAUUGAAUAAUUUUUUCUUACAAAGACUGUUCCUUUCUAUUCGAGAAGUAUAA